AUGGACGAGGCCUUGAAGAAGCUGAUGAUAAGAAAUUCAGAAAUUUUGAGCUUUGGAAUCGCCGACUUGGGCUGUUCCUCCGGUCCCAACAGUCUCUUGUCCAUCUCCAAUAUCGUAGAAACAAUCCAAAACUUGUGUCCUGACCUCGACCGUCCUGUUCCUGAGCUCAGUCUCUUUCUCAACGACCUUCCUAGCAAUGACUUCAACUACAUCUUUGCUUCUUUGCCGGAGUUUUACGACCGGCUUAAGAAGAGAGACAACAACUAUGAGAGUUUAGGUUUUGAGCACGGAAAUGGAGGACCGUGUUUUGUGUCGGCGGUUCCUGGCUCUUUCUACGGACGUUUGUUUCCUCGCCGGAGCCUUCACUUUGUUCAUUCUUCUUCUAGUUUACACUGGUUGUCUUAG